CGGCAACGAAGCCCCCACUCACCUCCUCAUCUCAAGCCCUCCACACAACUUGGUUGCGAGAGCUGAGUGAUUGAUUGCUCAGUCCUCUUCAUCACAUCAUCAAGACGGACGCUCACUCUCCUUGGCUUCGUGUGCACAUCGGGGUUAUUGAGAUGGACAAGCUGAGCGUGCACCACGGCCAGCACAACGGCGUCUCCAAGCCGCCGGUGCAGCACCAUCAUCGCAAGGGAAACGCGAAGAGGAAAGGGGGAGGAGGAGGCGGGAAGGGGAUCAAGGUGGUGUACAUCUCCAGCCCCGUGAUGCUCACGGCCACCGCCGAGGAGUUCCGCACCGUCGUGCAGGAGCUAACCGGCCGCUACUCCAACGUCGCCGACCACGACGCCCCGGGUGGCCCGUCCUACUACUCGUCGUCGUCCUCCUCCUCUGCCUCGUACGGACGCGCCUCUACGACGACGACGGUAGGCAGUGCGGGCGCACGCGCUUUGCCGCCAGCGAUGGUGCCGGAGUACAUGACCGCUGCCGGCUCCAUGCUUCCACCGUUCCAGAGCCUGUAUGAUCAAACGGGAGGCGUCGGUGUGCUUUACGGCCAAGACUACUGCUGGUAGGACCGGGCAUCCUCCACAUUUUCGAAAAAAUCCUCCACAUUCAUAUUCGCUGUCACAGUCCCGUUGGAUCUCCAAAACGUAAUAGGAUUGCGUCUUGAAAAGCAAGGGAUUAAUUACAAGACAAGAGGCCAGGGGCUACACAGUCCGAAGCAAUUUAGUGUACAGAUGAUGUAUUCAUGCUGAUACGAGAGCUACACAUACUUUGUUUGCGUCGCCAACCGCCACACAGAAGGAGGAGGAACCGCCCGUCGACGACGAGGAGGAGGAAAAUGACGACAACAAAGAGCAUUAUAAGGCGACCGUCGACAAGCAGGAGGACCCAUCAUCCAGCAGGCGGCUGAGUCCGCAUGCCACCGGUUCUUUGGGUAGUUCCGGAGUUUAUUGUCGGGUCACUGUUUAUGUUCUGACUAUAUAACGGUCGUGUUCGUGUUUUGAUGCAUAAUUAUGUAAUAACCAAGGUUAUGUCCAGCAUGAAAUCAAAAAAAUUCCAUAGCUUUUUAUC